CCUCCCCACUUCCGGUCGGGUUGCCUGGUUUCUUCCGCCCCUCGUGUGUUUGGCGGGACCCACCUCGAGACGGGCCGCUGCUGCAGGCAGUCAGUUGCUGGCGUGUGGAAUCGAAGUUCCGGAGGCCCGGGCCGUGAGAACGUCGCCAUGCCUAAAGCACCAAAGGGAAAAACUGUAGGACAAGAAAAAAAAGUCAUCCAUCCAUACAGUAGAAAAGCAGCUCAAAUUACAAGAGAGGCCCACAAACAAGAAAAAAAGGAAAAAUUGAAGAAUGAAAAGGCGUUGCGUCUCAGCCUUAUUGGUGAAAAACUGCAGUGGUUUCAAAAUCACCUUGAUCCCAAAAAAGUAGGAUAUUCAAAAAGAGAUGCUUGUGAAUUAAUUGAAAGGUAUUUGAAUCGAUUCAGCAGCGAGCUGGAGCAGAUUGAGUUGCGGAACAGCUUCAAGGACAGGCAGGGCCGGAGGCACUGCUCUCGGGAGGCGGCCAUCAGGCAGACCCUGGAGCGGGAGCAGCGGCAGUACCAGGCCCACGGCCUCGAGAUUCCAGACAUUUUAAAUGCAGAUAAUCUGAAAACUUUUAGGGAAUGGGAUUUUGAUCUGAAGAAAUUGCCAAACAUUAAAAUGAGAAAAGUCUGUGCUAGUGAUGCGGUGCCCAAGAAGUGUAAGAAGAAAGCUGUGACCGCUGUAGACAGAGAUUUAGGGGAAUUGGAACUGAAAGAUGAGUCAAGUGACACAGACGAGGAAAUGACUGCGGUGGCCUAAGUGUCUUUGCUUGAGUUGAAAAUAAAUAAUUUGAGAACUUCCAAGUUAUACUUGAAUUGAUUAUGGUAAAUAAUUGUCUCAACACACGAAUUUGCUGUUUUACCUUACUCUUAUAUUUUCAGUUUCAAAAACAGUGUGGCAAUUUUUACUUAAAAAGGAAUGUUGCUUUUCAUUUACAUUAAGCAUGUUUACUUAGAAUCACCUAUCAUAUUUUGGGUCAUAGGCAGUAGCUAUUUUGCUAGAAGGUUAAUGUGGGUACUUCUUGAGUGAGCAAUGAUGACAGCAAAACUGCCUUUUAGCAGUGUUUUUCACUGUUCUUCCUCUUAUACAUCAAACCUAUUUUCUUAUAAAAUAGGGAAAAUGUGAUACAGAAUUUAUAUACACUUAAGGAUUGUACAUUGCUGUUAUUUAUUAUCUUUGACCCAGAGUUAGGUAAGUGUUUAAAGAAGAAUCACCAACAUAUUCUUCUGUGGAUCUCCUGUUAUUAACCUGUUAUCUGGAUAAAGGGGAUAAAUGAUUUCAGGUUGGCUAGUUUUGUUUUUAUAUUAUUUUUUACUUUCUCAUUGUGAAAAGUAUUAGAUUUUAUUUGUGGAAACAGAACUAAAGAUUAGAGAACUAUUUAUUUCAAUUGUCUUAUUUCUUCUUCUGAGAGAUAGGUUAAAUUGACAUGUAACUCAGUGUUUCCAACAUCAUGAAAAACAUGAAUGUGGUAGAAUGUUCUUAACAGAACUUGUUAAAUGCAAGUUUCUUCUGGUCUGUUUCCUAAAGAGUGCAGUGAAAGUGCAUUUUCAAGGGAAAAAAAAAUUCUGUAUGAGGUAACCAGGUGUCAACUGUGUUGUUAACAGCUUUUUUACUUCAGAAGGUUAGAAAUAAAACUUAUUUCUAUAAUUUUA